UGAGAAUUCCUGGGGUGCGAUCUUGAUUUCAAAGAAAGAGAAGUUUCCCCCGACACCCAGAGGGAACUCCGUUUAUCUAUCCAGAUAAGGGCCGCUUGGGUUCUUAAAACACAAUGGCGAAACCGUAUGAAUUCAACUGGCAGAAGCCAGUUCCGUCCUUUCUCCAAGAGGGUGCCAUGUUCGACCGAUAUGAGGAGGAGUCCUCCGUGUUUGAACCCAACUGUCUUUUUAAAGUGGAUGAAUUUGGCUUUUUUCUAACAUGGAAAAGUGAAGGAAAGGAAGGGCAAGUUUUGGAAUGUUCCCUUAUCAACAGUAUUCGCUUUGGAGCAGUCCCAAAGGACCCCAAGAUAUUAACCGCUCUUGAAGCUGUUGGCAAAACAGAAAGCGAGCUGGAAGGGCGUAUCGUGUGCGUCUGCAGCGGCACGGAUCUCGUGAACCUCAGCUUCACGUACAUCAUGGCGGAGAGCACAGAGGAAGCCAAGCAAUGGGUCGAUGGGCUCCGGUCGGUCAUCCAUAACUUUAGAGCUAACAAUGUCUGUCCCAUGACGUGUCUCAAGAAACACUGGAUGAAACUGGCGUUUCUGACGAACACCAAUGGCAAGAUUCCGGUGAGGAGCAUUACCCGAACUUUUGCAUCAGGUAAAACUGAAAAGGUGAUCUUUCAGGCACUUAAGGAAUUGGGCCUUCCCAGUGGCAAGAAUGACGAGAUAGAGCCUUCAGCGUUUACGUACGAAAAGUUUUACGAACUGACACAGAAGAUAUGCCCUCGCACCGACAUCGAGGAUCUUUUCAGGAAGAUCAAUGGCGACAAAACUGAUUAUUUAACGGUAGACCAAUUAGUGAGCUUUCUAAAUGAACAUCAACGAGACCCUCGGCUGAAUGAAAUCUUGUUUCCCUUCUAUGACACUAAAAGAGCACUGCAAAUAAUCGAAACAUAUGAGCCAGAUGAAGAUUUAAAAAGCAAAGGUCUCAUGUCCAGCGAUGGGUUUUGCCGGUACUUGAUGUCUGAUGAGAACGCGCCUGUCUUCCUUGACCGCUUAGAGCUAUACCAAGAGAUGGAGCAACCUUUGGCUCACUACUUCAUCAGCUCUUCCCACAACACCUAUCUGACGGGAAGGCAGUUUGGUGGGAAGUCCUCCGUGGAGAUGUACAGACAAGUCCUCUUGGCCGGAUGCAGAUGCGUUGAACUCGACUGUUGGGAUGGGAAAGGUGAAGACCAAGAACCCAUCAUCACGCAUGGAAAGGCGAUGUGCACAGACAUUCUUUUCAAGGAUGUGAUCCAAGCCAUCAGGGAAACAGCUUUUGUGACGUCAGAGUAUCCCGUCAUCUUGUCGUUUGAAAACCACUGCAGCAAAUACCAACAGUACAAAAUGUCAAAAUACUGUGAAGAUAUUUUUGGAGACCUUCUAUUAAAGCAACCACUAGAGACACAUCCACUUGAAGCUGGAAGGUCCUUGCCCUCCCCGAACGACCUCAAAAGAAAGAUACUUAUCAAAAACAAAAGGCUGAAAUCUGAAGUAGAAAAAAAACAGCUUGAAGCUUUGAAAAGUAUGAUGGAAGCGGGUGAAACCGCCGCCCCCGUCAGCAUCUUGGAAGACGACACUGAAGAAGAGAUAGAAAGUGCUGACCAAGAAGAAGAAGCCCACCCCGAAUUCAAAUUUGGAAGCGAGCUGUCUGCCGAUGACCUGAGCCAAAAAGAAUCCGUGGCCAACAACAUGAAGAAGGCGGUGGAUGACCCUGAGCAAGAAAACAAUAAAAAGGGUGUCAUAACAGCGGAAGAUGAGCAAGCGUGGAUGGCCUCUUACAAAUACGUCGGUGCCACAACGAAUAUCCACCCCUACCUGUCAACGCUAAUCAACUACGCUCAACCGGUUAAAUUCCAAGGUUUUGCUGUAGCGGAAGAGCGCAACAUUCACUACAACAUGUCCUCUUUUAACGAGUCUGUCGGGCUCGGUUAUUUGAAAACACACGCCAUCGAGUUUGUGAACUACAAUAAACGGCAGAUGAGUCGGAUAUACCCAAAGGGAGGCAGAGUGGAUUCCAGCAAUUACAUGCCUCAGAUUUUCUGGAACGCUGGGUGCCAGAUGGUCUCGCUCAACUAUCAGACCCCAGAUUUAGCAAUGCAAUUGAAUCAGGGGAAAUUUGAAUAUAAUGGGUCUUGCGGGUAUCUUCUUAAACCAGAUUUUAUGCGGAGACCUGACCGAACGUUUGACCCUUUCUCUGAAACUCCCGUAGACGGUGUAAUUGCAGCGACAUGCUCCGUUCAGGUAAUUUCCGGUCAGUUUCUAUCGGACAAAAAAAUCGGCACUUACGUAGAAGUGGAUAUGUACGGCCUGCCUACAGACACGAUCCGGAAAGAGUUCCGGACGCGGAUGGUGAUGAACAAUGGUCUGAACCCUGUUUACAAUGAAGAAUCGUUCGUGUUCCGAAAGGUGAUUCUCCCAGACCUGGCCGUCUUGAGGAUAGCUGUUUACGAUGAUAACAACAAACUGAUUGGCCAAAGGAUAUUGCCUCUGGAUGGCCUUCAGGCAGGCUACCGACACAUUUCCCUUCGGAACGAAGGCAACAAGCCCCUGUCUCUGCCUACCGUCUUCUGCAACAUUGUGCUCAAAACAUACGUGCCAGAUGGUUUUGGAGACAUUGUGGAUGCCUUGUCAGACCCAAAGAAGUUUCUCUCCGUCAUGGAGAAAAGAGCAGACCAGAUGAGAGCGAUGGGGAUCGAAACGAGCGAUAUAGCCGAUGUUCCAAACGACACUUCAAAGAACGAUAAGAAAGGGAAAGCCAACAAUCCCAAGGCAAACGUUACUCCUCAGACUAGCUCAGAACUGAGACAAAAUCCCACUUCUGGCGUCGGGCCUGGGAUAGAGGCUAAGAAAGGGAUUGACCUAAUUCCACAAGUGAGGUUAGAGGACCUCAAGCAGACAAAGGCCUAUAUAAAGCAUAUGAAAAAACAGCAAAAGGAAUUGAACGCUUUAAAGAAGAGGCAUGGAAAGGAACACAGUAUUAUGCAGAAGUUGCACUGCACGCAGGUUGACAAAAUAGUAGCACAAUAUAACAAAGAGAAAUUAGCUUAUGAGAAAAUCCUUGAAAAGGCCAUCAAGAAAAAGGGAGGAAAUAACUGCCUUGAGAUGAAGAAAGAAUUUGAAAAUAAAAUCCAGACAUUAACAUCAGAUCACACAUCUAAGGUCAAAGAAAUUGUGGGUCAGCACACCAAAGAGUGGUCCGAAAUGAUCCACACGCACAGUGCCGAAGAGCAAGAGAUGCGCGACCUGCACCUGAGCCAGCAGUGCGAAUUGCUGAAGAAGCUGCUCAUUGGUGCUCACGAGCAGCAGACCCAGCAGCUGAAGCUUUCUCAUGACAGGGAAAGCAAAGAAAUGCGUGCCAACCAGGCAAAAAUUUCGAUGGAAAACGGGAAAGCCAUAAGCCAAGAUAAAUCCAUUAAAAACAAAGCAGAAAGAGAGAGGUAAGGAUUAUAUUUUGUGGAUAACAUAUUUCUUAGUUUUCUUGAAAGACGGCAGCAACUGGCCAUGAAGCAAACCAAGGAAAUGGAUCAGCUGAAGAAAGUUCAACUUGAGCAUCUCGAAAUUCUGGAGAAACAAAAUGAGCAGGCGAAAGAGAUGCAGCAGAUGGUGAAGCUAGAAGCCGAGAUGGACCGCAGGCCAGCCACAGUGGUGUGAAGCUCCAACACACAACCUGAAGUCCGGGACUCCAACCGGUCUGUGUUGCCAAAGCAAACUUACUGAGGAUCCGGAAGAUGGUCUCUCUCUCUCCCUCUCUCUCUCCCUCCCCCCCCCCA